UCACCAAUUCAAAGCUGCCAUGAAACAAAAAACAUAAACAGAAAAAAACCAUGAAUACAUUUUUCUUCUUUCUCUUUAUUUUUUCCUUUUUUCAAAAUAUUUACUCUCAAGUUGACACAAUAACUACUGCUCAAUUUAUCAAAGAUGGUCAGACUAUAGUUUCAUCAGAUGGAACAUUUGAGUUAGGAUUUUUUAGUCCAAGAAAUACUUCAACAAAUCGUUAUGUUGAUAUUUGGUACAAGAAAAUCUCAGCUUUUACUCCAGUUUGGGUUGCUAAUAGAGAAAUUCCUAUUAAGGAUAAUUCUGGAAUCUUGAAAGUUAUUAAUCCAGGUUUUCUUGUUCUGAUUAAUGUUACUAAUGACACUAUUUGGUCAACUAAUUUUACAAGAAAUGUGCAAAAUCCAGUUGCACAGUUACUAGAUACAGGGAAUUUGGUGGUUAGAGAUGCAAAUGAUCAUGACCCUGAUAAUUUCUUAUGGCAAAGUUUUGAUUAUCCUACUGAUACUUUGUUAGCAAGUAUGAAGCUUGGAAUAAACUUGGUGACUGGCUUGGAAAGGUAUCUUAGUUCAUGGAAAAGCGAUGAUGAUCCUGCUCCUGGGGAUUAUACAUACCAUUGUGACCCUACAGGUUAUCCACAGGACCUAAUGAGAAAAGGGCCUAAUGUAGUUUACAGAGCAGGGCCAUGGAAUGGUCUUCGAUGGAGUGGAGCACCGAACAUGGUGAACAACUCGAUCACCUCUUUCGGGCUAGUCAUGAACAGUAAGGAAAUUUACUACAAAUAUGAACUAGUAAAUAAAUCUGUCAUUUCAACUUUCGAACUAAAGCCUAAUGGUAACGCAAUGCGUAUGAUUUGGGUGGAAAAGAAAGAGGGUUGGAUUAAUUACCAUUCAGCUGAUGCAGAUCAUUGCGAAACUUACAAAUUAUGUGGUGCAUAUGGAACUUGCACAAUCUUUAGCGAUCCUGUGUGUCGUUGUUUGGAUAAAUUCGAGCCAAAGCAUCCGGAUGAUUGGAACAGGACUGAUUGGUCCAGUGGCUGUGUCCGAAAAAGUCCACUGAAUUGUACAGGAGAUGGAUUUAUUAAGUAUUCUGGCAUUAAGCUGCCAGAUACGCGAUAUUCCUGGUUUAACGAGACUAUGACACUUGACGAAUGCAAGUUAGUUUGCUUGAGAAAUUGCUCGUGUAUGGGAUAUACGAAUCUGGAUAUCAGCAACGGAGGAAGCGGCUGCUUGCUAUGGAUCGGGGAGUUGGUUGACAUCAGACAACUAUCUGAAUCUGGACAGGAUAUCUAUAUUAGAAUGGCUGCUUCUGAGAUAAUAAGUUCUAGUGAUGGAUCAAAUAGAAAGAUAACUGUUAUACUUGCAGUCGCUUUGCCUUUAUUCGUUGCAAUCGUUGUGCUAGUCGUAGGAAUAUGCCUGAUUCUUCGUAGACAGAAAAGGAGAGAGGAAAUAGCGCUCAUAGAAAAAGGAAGAUUAGGACACACAUCCAAGAAAAACGAUAGCAAUGAAAGACAUCAUGAAGAUUUUGAGCUACCACUGUUUGACUUGUCGACGCUAAUAAAGGCUACUGAUAACUUUUCGAAUCAGAACAAGAUCGGACAGGGCGGUUUUGGGAAAGUUUACAAGGGUGUGUUAGAAGGAGGACAGGAAGUAGCUGUCAAGCGUCUCUCAGAAACUUCGAAACAAGGAAACGAUGAGUUCAAGAAUGAAGUCAUCUGCAUUGCGAAACUUCAGCAUCGAAAUCUCGUGAAGCUUUUGGGAUGCUGCAUUCAAGAAGAAGAGAAGAUAUUGGUGUAUGAAUACAUGCCUAACAAAAGCCUGGAUUUAUUUAUAUUUGAUCAAAGUAGGAGCACAUUACUUGAUUGGCCUAAGCGCUUCAACAUUAUCAACGGGAUUGCUCGAGGACUUAUGUAUCUUCAUCAAGAUUCUAGGCUUAGAAUCAUACACAGAGACCUGAAAGCUAGCAAUGUUUUGCUUGACAUUGAAAUGAAUCCAAAGAUAUCAGAUUUUGGGAUGGCCAGAAGUUUUGGAGGGAAUGAGACAGGAGCUAAUACACGUCGAGUGGUUGGAACGUAUGGUUACAUGUCUCCAGAGUAUGCAGUCGAUGGGAUUUUCUCAGUAAAAUCAGAUGUGUUUAGCUUUGGCGUAUUAAUAUUAGAAAUUGUGAGUGGAAAGAAGAACAGAAGAUUUAUUCAUCCUGACCACAAUCUCAACCUCCUCGGACAUACAUGGAUGCUUCAUAGAGAAGGAAGAUCAUCGGAACUAGUAGAUUUCAACGCGGUUGAAUCAUGUUAUACAUCCGAAGUGCAACGAUCGAUACAUGUCGGGUUGUUAUGUGUUCAACAAAGUCCAGAGGACAGGCCAAGCAUGUCUUCUGUGGUACUGAUGCUGACAAAUGAAAGCAUUUUGCAGCAACCUAAGCCUCCUGGUUUUUUCAUGGAAAGGAACAUAGCUGAUUCUGCAUAUUCUUGGAGUAGUCAUACACCUGGUUCUGUCAAUGAUGUUACCAUCACUUCAUUGGAUGCUCGAUAAAGGACAACCUGGUGCACUAAGCUUCCGCUAUGUGCGGGAACCGGGGAAGGACCGGAUCACAAAGGUCUAUUAUACGCAGCUUUACCCUGCAUUUCUAUAAGAGGCUGCUUCCAUGGCUUGAACCCAUGACCUCCUAGUCACAUGACAACAACUUUAUCAGUUAUGCCAAGGUUGUCGUUCCAAAUAUAUAUACGAUAUAGACAGUAGUGUACACACAAUUUUGUGCAAGCAGUAUCGGUUUGUUGUCACAAUUCAGCUUUUACUUCCUUCUGAAUCAAGAUUUACUUUGUAUGAUAGUGUAUAUGCAUAUUUUUUUAAGAAAAUAUUGUUUAUACACAUUAUAUAAAGAAUUUAUUUUUUUA